AUGUCGUCCUUGUUGUUGUUGCUGCCCAAACCACUGGAAGACUGGUACAUUCGCUUGGCAUCCUCGCAACCAUGGGACUCGCUGUUUAUCAUGGGGCUUGUGAGCGCCGAAGUCUUGUUGGGUUUGGUGAUCAUCGACAAGGUUCCGUACACCGAGAUUGAUUGGGAAGCCUACAUGCAAGAAGUGUCCAUGUGGUGGGACGAUGGAAUUUACGAUUACCGACAAAUUCGCGGUGGCACAGGACCCUUGGUGUAUCCAGCUGGAUUUUUGUACCUGUUUGCCAUUUUACGGUGGAUCACCCAGCAAGGGACCAAUAUUCGACUGGCGCAGUACAUUUUCUUGGCAUUCUAUCUCAUUCUGCAGACUCUGGUGCUCCUGAUCUACACCAAAGCUGCGAGAUCACUGUUGGUCACACGGAAACACCCAAAUGGGUCCAAUGACAGUACUACUACUACUACUACCAGACAAGCACAACUACAAUCUGCCCAUUCCAUGUGGAGUUGGAGAAUAGCCAUGGGACUUUGUUGCUGUUCCAAGCGUUUUCAUUCCAUUUUUAUGCUACGCCUAUUCAACGAAGGACCCACCAUGGUGUUGCUAUACUGCUGUCUCUACUUUUUGAUACACAACCAUUGGAAUUCGGCAUGUUUAGCUUUCUCCUAUGCGGUAUCGAUCAAAAUGAACGUUCUGCUGUUUGCUCCAGGCCUGCUGCUAUUGCUCAUACAACAAGCGAGAGGGAAUCUAGUUUUGGUGGUGAAACGACUCUUGGUGUGCUGUGCCUUGCCACAGCUCGUGCUGGGAGCACCCUUCUUAUUGACCUAUCCAGAGUCGUAUCUGCGAAAAGCAUUCGAGUUGGACCGGGUCUUCUUUUUCAAAUGGACCGUCAAUUGGAAGUUCCUUCCCGAAGAUAUUUUUGUCUCGAAACCAUUGGCAAUGGCAUUGCUGGCGGGUCAUUUGGGAACUUUGGCGUUUUUCGCGGUGCAAUGGGUCCAAGCAGCCAACAACAACAACAAGACGCAACAAACACCACCAAACAGUAGUACCACACGAUUGUCACCUCAUUACAUUUGCUACACCAUGUUUGUGGCCAAUUUUGUCGGAAUUGCCUUUGCCAGAACCAUUCACUACCAAUUCUAUGCGUGGUACUUUUCCAGUGUCCCCUUUUUGCUAUGGAGCGGCACUGGCAGCGGUUUCUUCCAUUACCCCAUGCCCAUCCGAAUCUUGCUCGUGGUUGGUUUGGAGUAUGCAUUCUUGACUUUUCCAGCAACACCCACCAGUUCCAAAGUACUUCAGUUGGUUCAUUUGGCCAUUCUGCUGCAGAUUAGACCACCCAAGCAAAUGUGGGAACGACAGCAGCAACAUGCAAUAGCAGAUGGUGGUGCCAAGGAAAAGAGGACGUGA